GGUUUUUAUCGGUCUACAAGCCUGAUGAGCCCUUUUGAACACAUUCCGGCAGAUUUAGAAUGCACGCGGCAUACAUGCAAAUCGGCGGCGAAACAAUCCGGUAAGGACGCAACACAUGCGGGCUUUACAUUGUUCGGUCUCCAGCAAUACAGCUCCACUUCGAAUCUACUACGAGCCAGACAAGUUGAUGCCUAAAGAUCUCAAGUUUGGAGAUCCUUGCGCUUCGGAGACAUCUCGUGUACCCCCUGCACUUUUGCGACAACGAUAGGGAAGCCCAGUUCAUCCGCUACCGACGGCGUUGCAUAGUCUUUGGGUAUACUAAUCCACUGCAAGAGACUCGAAUUAACAAGGUAAUGAGAAAUGCGGAAAGUUGUCAGCAGCGAACGAUACCCUACAUCCACCGAAAUGGAUAUCGCCCCGUUUUUUGGUCUGACAUGUCCAGCUUUUGUACCUUUGCUUCCCGCCCUGAGGUGGCUUGGUUGUUUGGGUGCGUACGCAUUUUGUACUGGCGAGAAGGGCAUGCAAGGGCCCAUCGGCCGGAAUAUCGGCUACCAAAUGGAGAUGUCCAGUUUUAUUCUACCGCCAAGAGCAAAAAAGUAGGUGCCUAGACUAGACUAGAGCUACGACAAUGGCUGGCAAACAGCUACCUGGACGCUGGGUUGUAUGCGAGUAUGUUUCGAAAAGUAGAAAAACAAAGCGCUGCUACUUACAUGUCUACUACUCAUUUAAACGAGUAUAUAGAUGCCAAUGAUUUCUCAACCAUCACCGUUCAAACUUUGCAAAUCAUCCAGCAGGCCACCCGCACAAUCAAGCAACACGCAAAAAGCAACACACAAAUACUUAAUUUGAACAUAUAUCUCUUCCAAGCAAAAUCCUAAUACAACAAUGAAGUCCAACGUCAUCCUCAUGGCUCUGCCCGCCACGGUCCUCGCCGUCAACCUCGAGCCUCGCCAGACCUUCCACACCGCCCUCCCGGCCUGGCCUCCCACCGGCACCCAGGCCUUUGAGACGGCGUGCUCCAGUGCGCUCAACAUCAUCGAGACGUCCCAGCCCCAGCUCCCGAGCGAGCUCAAGUCCAUCAUCAGCGCCGCCUCUGCCGGCACCGACCUCUGCAAAGCCCGCACGCAGACCCCCGUCAUCCCCGAGUCGCUGUCCUCGACCUACGUUGCGGUCCUCGACCAGCAGAGGGCGUGGUCCACGGCGGCCGACAACAAGAUUCUGAUCUCCUCGGCCAGCCAGGUCUGCUCCGAGGCCAAGGCGAGCUCGCUCGCCUCGUUCCAGGCCAUCGACCGCUCUUGCGUGGCCGCGAGCGCCACCAGUGUGCCCUCGGCUGCCACCACGGGAGGUGUGCCCGUGAUCUCCGCCAGGAGCACGGGGAGCAUCACCACCAGUGCGGUACCGAUUGCUACGGCCGGAGCUGGGCGGCGUGAGGUUGGAAGUAUCCUUGUCGUUGGUGCCGUCCUCCUUGCUGGCAUGCUUAUGUGAAUCAGGGAGUGUAAGUGAGAAAACAGCAAGGCGUAACGUUAAAGUUGGGCUUUAGGGAUAGUUUAAUAGACUAGAGUUAAUGAGGAUACCUCUGAC